CAGCCCCUGUCACAUGGUUCACUGCCGCUUUCACCCAGGAUACAUAGAGGGAGACUGCACCAGGACGCAGAGCAACACAACUCCGAGCUUUUCCCACAGCCGAGGCAGAAAGAAGCGCGUGAGGACAGUUUUCCCUGCGCGCGUCAAAGACUUUAGCGCAUUUUUGUUUAAUUCUGUAGCGCUAUGAAGUGAAACUCCGCCAUAUUCAGGCCACCACGCCCGGAACUGUGCUGUCAGGGAUACAAACUCGCUGCUUCAGUCCUUUAAAGUUGUUUCACAAACUUAAUUUCCUCUUCACAAGAGAGGAACAAGGGGAAGUGUUAUCCGGGAGGAAUGACGCUGAGCUCCGUGGGGGCUUGCUGCCUCAGCCCGGAGGCCAAAGAGGCUCGACGGAUCAACGAUGAGAUUGAGAGGCAGCUCCGCCGGGACAAGAGGGACUCCCGACGGGAAUACAAGCUCCUACUGCUCGGAACUGGAGAAAGUGGAAAGAGCACUUUCAUAAAGCAGAUGAGGAUCAUUCACGGCCGCGGGUACUCAGACGAGGACAAGAGAGGAUUCACCAGACUGGUCUACCAGAACAUCUUCACCUCCAUGCAGGCCAUGAUCCAGGCCAUGAACACGUUACAGAUCCCCUACAAGUACGAAAACAACAAGGCAAAUGCCAGCAUUGUCAGUGAAGUUCAAGUGGAGAAAGUCACGACAUUAACAAAGCCUUUCGUGGAUGCCAUCAGGUGCCUGUGGAAUGACCCAGGGAUUCAGGAAUGUUUCAGUCGGAAGAGGGAAUACCAGCUCUCCGACUCCACCAAAUACUAUCUAAAUGAUUUGGACCGGAUUGCUGACACUGCUUAUCUGCCGACCCAGCAGGAUGUCCUGAGGGUCAGAGUGCCCACAACGGGUAUUAUAGAGUACCCCUUUGACCUGGAGAAUGUGGUGUUCAGGAUGGUGGAUGUGGGUGGCCAGCGUUCAGAGAGGAGGAAGUGGAUUCACUGUUUUGAAAAUGUCACCUCCAUCAUGUUCCUGGUGGCGCUCAGCGAGUACGAUCAGGUCCUUGUUGAGUCUGCCAAUGAGAAUCGCAUGGAGGAAAGCAUGGCCUUGUUCCAGACGAUCAUCAACUAUGAAUGGUUCAAAGAGUCCUCGGUCAUCUUGUUCCUGAACAAGAUCGAUUUACUUGAGGAGAAAAUAAUGUACUCCCAUUUGGUCGACUACUUCCCUGAAUAUGAUGGUCCCCAGCGGGAUGUGAACGCGGGGAAAGAUUUCAUCUUAGAUAUGUUUGUGAGCCUCAAUCCCGAUGAGAAAAAAAUCAUCUACUCCCACUUCACCUGCGCCACGGACACAAACAACAUUCGAUUUGUCUUCCGCGCCGUGAAGGACCACAUCUUGCAGGGCAACCUGGAAGUCUUCAACCUGGUUUAAGGCGGCGUUUGUUGUCGCUGUAAUUCAAUCGCGUGUGCAGAGCUGGCAGCCGGGAGAGCCCUGCAGUGAUUCAGUUUGAACACUGAAACAGGAAAUUGAGAGGCUACAGAGCUUGUCGCCAAAUGACUUUACCGCUGGUGUAUUUCAAAUUUUCCUGUUAGGCUCUUUGGAAAUGGAUGUCUCCGACUAUAAUGAAGUGUGUCCUGACAAUUAAAGUGCUGCCUUAGUGAGGAGUCUAUUAUAGCAAGCACUCUGAGAUUUAUGGAGCUCUUUGUGAACAUUUUGGAGCAGUAACAGUGUAAAUGCACAUGGAUGGAUUGAGAGGGAGACAAAGUAUUUCAGUGGCCUUGAAUGGCUCGGUGGACUUAAAUGUAGCUGCGGAAGUGGAUGUAGUCUAACUGCAAAGCAGCAGCUCACAUCUCUGACACAAGAUAACUUUUUAAAGUUUAAAUCCUCUCAAUGAGUCAAAAUGAACACUAACAACACAGAUACUGAUUUGCACACUGUACUUUUCCUUACAUCUGUACAUAUACUUACACUCUGUAUGUGUGUACUUCACUUACUUGGGUAUUAUAUUUCCAUAACCUCAUUUUAAAUCUCACUAGACUUUGUACACUCGUCUGCAAUGGCAUUAUUCAGUGCAUUAUCCACUUUUUAUGAGCAUGGAAUUAAUGAAAUGUUAUGUAAUUUAACACACAUUUCAAAGGGAAUCCUGCUGUUUCUGCUACUUAAGCAUUCCUUUUAUUUCGUCAAAGCCAUAGAAUCAAGUGUUUUCGGUUCAGGGACUAUUUUUUGUAUCACUUUCUUAGAAUAGCUUUGAUUUUGCAGGGUUAGAUAACAUAAGUCAGUUUGCAUUUUAACUAUCACAUUGUACAGUAACUGUUGUGUUAAUAACCUUUGAGGUAUUAAACUAAUGCAUUCUUAAUCCAUAAAGGGGAUAAGAGCUAAUAAGAUCACAUCCACACGCUAAUGUGUACACGACCCUUCUCUCCUAAUUACAUGAACGAUUUAAUUUAUACACUGUCACUGCAAUGCACCCUUAGAGUUAUGAAUGUUCUUGUAUGAAUAAACAUUCAUUUUGUUGUUGA